AUGGCAACUCAGCAGGUUUUCAGACUUCCUCAGCGCACAUCCGUCAACGACCUCGUUGUUGGGACGGAGCCAAUCCCAGAACCCUCCUCGAACGAAGUUCUGGUCCGCAUUCGCAGUGUCGCUCUCAAUUUCCGCGAUUUCGCCGUUGCGACCGGACAGUACCCGUUCCCGGUCAAAGACAACGUGGUCCCCGGUUCCGAUCUGUCUGGCGAUGUUGUUAAAGUGGGAAGCCACGUUGACGACUUCGCCCAUGGCGACAAAGUGAUCUCGUCUUUUGAUCUGAGCACACUUUAUGGCGCCAUGAAAGACUGGAAUCACAGUCUUGGGGGCUGUGUAGAUGGUGCCCUGCGGGAGUACAUUGUUCUUCCAAGCUCUGCAUUAGUCAAGGUGCCUAAGGAGACUAAGCUGAGCUACUCCCAGCUAUCGGCGCUGGUCUGCACUGGAACGACUGCUUGGAAUUCUCUCUAUGGCAACAUAGCUCUCAAGCCUGGCCAGACUGUCUUGUUUCUUGGAACUGGUGGUGUUUCCAUUACCGGCCUCAUCCUCGCCAAAGCAGCCGGAGCAACCACCAUCAUCACUUCUUCCUCAGAUUCGAAGUUGCAACACGUGAAGGAGACCUACGGCCCUGACCAUGUGAUCAACUACAAGAAGACCCCAAAGUGGUCGGAGGAUGUCUUGAGGAUUACAGAGGGCCAUGGCGCCGACUACGUAUUUGAGAAUGGCGGUGCUGGUACGAUUGCCGAGAGCAUCAAUGCCGUGGCGUACGGGGGGUCCAUCGCCGUGAUUGGAUUCCUUGCGUCAUGCCCGCAGGAAAAGAUGCCUGACGUCGCAGCACUCGCCUUGUCCAAAGGCGCGAUUGUGCGAGGUAUCAUGGUGGGAUCGCGGCAGCACUUGGAGGAAGUCACCCGUUACGUUGUCACCCGUCAAUUGCAGGUUCCUGUCGAGAGGGAGUUCGGAUCCAGUAGAGACGAGAUCAUCGCCGCCUUUGAGUAUCUCACCAGCGGCACUCAUAUCGGCAAGGUCUGCAUCAAGAUGGCUUGA